AUGUAUCUAUCUAUUUGCACCCGACAUGUAUCUAUCUAUUUGCACACGACAUGUAUCUAUCUAUUUGCACACGACAUAUAUCUGAAAAUUGAUGUCUCCAUUGAUAUUUAUAAAAUUCAUAUUGCAGGGGUUCUGAACACUGCGCUGCACUAUGUUGCAGUGUGCAUUCGAUGCACUCCACUCUCUAUCUAUCUAUCUAUCUAUCUAUCUAUCUAUCUAUCUAUCUAUCUAUCUAUCUAUCUAUCUCAGUCUGUUUCUAUCUAUCUAUCUAUCUAUCUAUCUAUCUAUCUAUCUAUCUAUCUAUCUAUCUAUCUCAGUCUGUUUCUAUCUAUCUCAGUCUGUUUUUUAUCUAUCUAUUUAUCUAUCUAUCUAUCUAUCUCAGUCUGUUUCUAUCUAUCUAUCUAUCUAUCUAUCUAUCUAUCUAUCUAUCUAUCUAUCUCAGUCUGUUUCUAUCUAUCUCAGUCUGUUUCUAUCUAUCUAUCUAUCUAUCUAUCUAUCUAUCUAUCUAUCUAUCUAUCUAUCUUAGUUUGUUUCUAUCUAUCUAUCUAUCUUAGUUUGUUUCUAUCUAUCUAUCUAUCUAUCUAUCUAUCUAUCUAUCUAUCUAUCUUAUUUCUAUCUAUCUAUCUAUCUAUCUAUCUAUCUAUCUAUCUAUCUAUCUAUCUAUCUAUCUAUCUCAAUUUGCAUUGCAAUGCAUCGAAGUGCAAUGCUGUUUUUUUUUCUUUCUACCCGAGCGGCACUUGCUCCUGUCUACCGAUUACGGAAUUGAAUCUUUCUUCCCACUGUCUUGCAGCUGUAUCACAACACUACCUGAAAUUCGCCGCCCCCGCACUAUGGCGGAACUUCCUCUUCUUUGACCCUCAUCUCGUCCACCUUCACCUCCAACACCGUCUCUCAUUUCUCUUUCACCACCUUUAUUUUUCUUUCUUUCUUUCUUUCUUUCUUUCUUUCUUUCUCAUUCAAUCAUUCAUUAUUUAUUUCCUACUAUAUUUCUAUUUCCACUAUUUUUCUUUCAUAUUCAAUAAUUCUUUCUUAAUCGCCUUAUCAUUUGCCACUGCAGCCACCACACCUGCUGCUGCUGCUGCCGCUGCUUCAACGGACAUCACUACCUUUGGUGCAAUGUCCUUUAGUUGUUCGUCCAGAAAACUCUCUCUAUCCGUUCUCCAUAUUUUCUUCUAUUUCUUUCUAUAUCCUUUUUGUCCUUGUCUUUUUGGAGGUGAGAACAAUCUGUGCUCCUGGAUCUAUCUAUCUAUCUAUCUAUCUAUCUAUCUAUCUAUCUAUCUAUCUAUCUAUCUAUCUAUCUAUUUAGUCUGCUUCUUAUCUUCUUUUUUUUCUCUUAGUCUUUGCCUCCUCUUCCUCCUCCUUCUUCCUACGGAUAACGAGGACCAUUCACGCUCGGAUAAGGAUGAUUAUUCACUGGCGGUUAAGGAAGACCAUUCAUGGGCGGAUAAGGAGGACCAUUCACGAACUGAUCAGGAAGACCAUACACGGACGGAUAAGCAUGAUCAUUCAAGGACGUAUAAGGAGGUCUGUUCAUGGGCGAAUACGGAAGAUCAUUUACGGAUGGAUAAGGAGGACGGAUGUGGGAGAUCAUACACGUCGCAUAAGGAUGAUCUUUCAUGGACGGUUAAGAAGUUCCAUUCAUCCACGGAUAAGGAGGACCAUUCACGGACUUAUAAGGAGGUUCAUUCAUGGUCUGAUAUGAAAGAGCAUUCACGGGCGGAUAAGGAAGACUAUUCACCGAUGGAUAAAUCGGACCAUUCACAGACGGAUAAGGAAGAUCAUUCACGUAAGGAUAAGGAGUACCAUUAA